AUGUCUAAAUACAAAACCAGAAAGAAGGGAAAGGGGACCUUGUGUGUACGCGGGCGCUUGGGCAAGAGCAGACAAAUUAUCUGCCCCACGGCUAUCCACUUGCGGAACCCUCGAACGUGCGACGAUGGGAGGUAUACCCACAGGGAACAGCCAUCAGGUGUAGCCUACGCUAGCCACAUACAUUGGCUCCUGCACCUUGAUAUUCUAAGAGAAGCAGCAAGGAAGCAGCAGCAGCAGCAAGUAGCAAAAGUCAUUCCACCAGUUCCUGUGUUUGCGGCCUGCAUCUUCCGAGGAGUCUUCGAGUACCGUGCCCUUCUCAAAUCCUGGUUCUGCGUCAAUGUCAUCUAG